GGGUCUUCAUGAUGGAGCCAACCGAUUUAUUUCUAACUGUCAGUUUAAGCAUGUAUAAUCUAAUGAUGAUGAUGUUUGACGUUUAGUGGCGCAAGGGCCAGGUAUGGCCAAAGAGCGCCAUGCUAGUGGUAAUGAAUAUGUCGUGGUCUGAUGGGCUCACAUGUAUAAUCUAGAGGUCCAAAUGAGACUCGAGCAAGGAACCGACUGUGUAAACUAAAUAAAGCUCUAAGCUGGUUGGCGAGUUUUAACUGCAAUGCAUAAUGCACGAAGCGGAACGAAUGAAGGGAACAAGCUGAAUAAUAGUUUUGCCUUUUUUUUUCCCCUCAACUUGCGCGUUUGAGCCAUUCGUACGAAAGAACUGGCGCCAGCCAUUCGUCGUAAGAAACAAAAUAAACGAAAAGCGAUGCCAGCCAUACAAAUAAAUCAUGGAAGCAAGAUUGGUGUUCCCUGGAAGGCGUCUGCGUGGUAAAUAGAUGCGAAAUAACAGGGGCCCUGGGCCAGUGUUGCAGGCGUUCUAUAUGUGAAAUUCGCAACCACUAUUUCUGUUCCUCAAUUAAGUUUACUCGUUGCUCCCUCGUUAAAACUUGAAUUCAACUUUUGCAGAAUGCAUAAGUACGUCACCAACUACUCAGUGGUGCUGCUGUCGCUCCUCUUCUCUUUUUUUUCCUUUUUUUUUCUGCGUUUGUAGGACGUCAUUUCAACUUCAGAUGAACAUUUGAGCUCGCUAUGCAACAAAACAAUGCCUUAACAAUCUAAGCAGAAUUCUCUAAAAAGUCCCAUCUUAUCGACUUUAGAAAUGUUCGUACAGAGGAAACGCUGAGAAGUGCGCGAGCUUUGCAUGUAAUGUUUAGGAGUCAUAUUCAAAAGGGGGGAAAACAAGGCGAACUGUUGAAAAAGCAUGCGUUGACAUCCUUGAGCGCUCUGCACUAUGACCCCGCACACACUCUCUUUAUCGAUAGAGUGAAUGUCACUCGACGCCCGCCGGGCUUUAUUAAACGCGACUCUUAUGCGGGUCCUUGCUGGCAUUGUCGAAGCCAAGCUUAGAGCGCAAGAGGCUGCGCAACUUACCGCGACGUGACAGGCGCCCCUCUUACACAUUUCAUCGUGCAAUAUGGGCGAUAAAUUGUCCGAUUUAAAAAAAGAACAUUAUUACAGCAUGCCACAUCACAACCAAGUCCCUACAAGCAGAAAUAAACGACGUUUCGACUUUAUAAUCAUGGCGCCGCUCAAUAACGACGACACCAGCGCCACAGUUCUGAAGGCCGCCACCACCAGCCCGUCGGUAGCGGAGAGAAAGGUAAGGAGAGGAGGGCAGGAAGAGUGGGGGGAGAAGAAGCGCGCCCGCAACGGCGGGCCCCUCAAGAGCACCAAUCGAACCGAGCAGCCCGUGUGGGGCUGUGAUGAGGCCCCCCCACCUUCAGCCCCCCGCCAAUCCAACGGCCGCCUGUGGCCGUUGUCUCGACGUCGCGUAGGUUCCACGAACGCACCAAACUCGAACUCAUUGAACCAGUCCAGUGACCGUCGGAAGCGCAGCGUCGGGGAUACGACGACGGUCACCGCGCAGCGCUCAGGAUUCCGGCCUUGAGCCCUGGGCCAUGGCCGGGACGUCCCGGGCGGCGCCGUGAUGUCGAGCUCGGCGAGCCUCGAGGCGUCCGCCACGCCGCCAACGCUCAAGAUGUCCAGCCGGCAGCUGCUCAACGUCAGCUCGCUCAGCAAGCACUCGGCGGCCGCGGGCGGCGGAGGUACGCCGCUGCUCGUGGCCGAUGCGCGCAGGCGCCUGCACCUGGCGUCCGCGUCCCGGCUCGCAGUCCACCAACUACUGGGCUCACUGGCGCUGCUCUGCCUCCUGUCGCUGCUCAUGGCGUUCCUCGCGCUCUUCUUCUUACAACGCGUGGCCAGCGCGGGCCCCCAGAACUCCGACAGCCCGGAGGAACACCUGGCCCUCUACCAGGUGGCCGUUGCCAUGAGCACGCUCACCAUAUCGCUCAACCUGUGCUGCCUGUUCGUCUGCUGCAUCCAGUUCCUGCUCGGCGUCAAGCUGCUCCGGACGCCGAAUGGACUCGACAGGACAAACAUGUUCAUCAAGAGGAGCUCACAUACCCGUGUGCUGGCUAUUGCCGGCUUUUUCUUGUCAAUACCAGUAUUUUUCACAGGAGUAAUCCUCUUCACAUUCAUCCACUUCCACGAGCUGCCAGCCAUCGUAACCAGUGUUGUGAUUGGACUGGGCAUUGUCUUCUGUGGUGUGGCCUCCGUCCACAACGUCUACCUCUGGCAGUGGGAGAAGACCUGUGCCACUCGUGAACUCGUUGAGAGCCGAGCACUUGGUGUGCAGCCGGACUUGACCCACACUCUUGAGCUCUCAACACUGGUGUGACUGUGUGUGUGAUGACACAAGCUACAAGGGACUGCCACACAAAGUGGAGGCCAUUCAGGAAUAGAGGACCAUAACAAGAUGCCCCUGGCUCACAAUGACGUGUGCAGUGUCAUAGGGCUUUGCUAGCACAUGGUAAGAGAAGCUAGUCAGCAUGGGGCCUCUCCUAUGUAUGGAAAGCUCAGUCUACACCUCGUACAACUGCUGAUCUGCUGGAUCCUGUCAUAACGUAAGACUGAAAGUUGCCUGCAAAAUUUUAGUCAAGUAUGAUUCGUAGCCUUUAACUAUAUACACUUGCACAGUGCAGCAUUGUUUCAAGGUUUUGAGUAUCUCUUAUCACCUUACACUGAGUCAAUGUUUUUCCUUUCUUAAUUCCAGUUGCUCUACUAUGCCUAAAGUACAUGGAGCAGUAGGGCAAUUGACCUAGCACUGUUUAAAGUGUACAUUACUGCCCCCAUAAGGCCCAUCAAUUCAUCCAAGCCCUACACUACAAUCAAAACUAUGGUGUAGUCAAGAGCAAUUUCUACAUUAGCCAUGUAAAGCGAGGAAAACAGUAGGGCUAAAACACGUUUUUGUUGUUUCUUUUCCUUGUUUAGCACUGACUUCAACUUAAGCUCAACUUUAACAAAGUUUCACAUGUAAAUCAACAUGUACUGUGCGAUGACUCCUUGCCAUUGUGAAUUCCAUGAACUGUAAUUGUGAGAGAGAGGCACAUCGUGGCUUGCUUUUCUUACUCUUCUAGAAUCCUUCUAGGCCAGCAUUGUUCUCACCCACAGAAAAAGCUUGCAGUGAUAGGUAGUUGAAACAGGGUGAAUGAAGUGAUCUACAGGAUUUACAGUACUUAUUCCGAUAGGACAAGACAUGGUUUAAAGAGUUAGCAUGCUGAACAGCAGUUAAUUUAGGAAAUGGGCAAUACAGUUAGCUACGGGCAAUUAAAACAGGGUUAAUCAUAUCCUCCACUAAUGCUUAGGUAAAAGGACAAGAUGUGUUGACACAUCAAGGCGAAACCCUCGUGUACUUAUAUUUACAUGCACGUUAAAAAACUCUGGGUGGUCAGAUUUAAUCCACAGAUGUUUACUAUGCCGUCCCUCAUAGCCUGGGUGUUAGGAGACAGAGAAUGCCACCAGCUGUUGUCACUCUGUUGAAACAGGGUGCUUGAAAUGCUCUGCCUGGGGAAAGAUUUUAUACUGAAUUAAAUGUGUGGAUUUUCACUUGUUGAACAGCAUGCGCAAAAUGUAGGUUGUAAGAUCUCUUUGGGGCCAGAAGAAAAUAAGCGGCUGUAACCUUUGAACUCUGACUAUUUUGGUUGCUGCAAAAUGCUCUUUUAACCGUAAGCUAGCAAAAAGCAGCAACUCUGAAGAAAAUAGGAAUUAUCACACCACAUAUGCACAGUGUUUCCAUUUGUGAAUUUUAAAAAUUUAUCAGCUUUUAUUCUCAUUGUUGUACACAAUGUUGUAAUGAUUGGUAAACUGCAGGUUUUACAGCGAGCCAAUCAGUUCAGCCUUACAUGUUGCAGUUCAGCUAAACUUUUGUCAUUCAGAGACUUACCAGCAACAGAGUCACCAGCCACUAGAGGCGUCAUUCAUUUCUCAAAAAUCGCAACUAUUCAAGUGAUAUUAUGCACCAUGCCAUUACUGGCUGAUCUUUAAGUGUAGAAACUAUGUUUGCAAUAUAUAUAAUUCAGCUAAGUGAGCUAUUAAUGGCUCUUCAUUUAGAAAGAACAUUUGUACAGUAGAGAUUGUUCUUGCUGUGUGCCAUCUAGACCAAGCAGGCUUCAUUAGGUGGCUCAGUGUAAAAGGUAGAAAUCAGCACAAGUGCUGAGAAUUAUUAUGACACUCCAAACAGAUGAACAGAGCAAGCUUUUGCAGUCAUGGCCACCAGUGUAUGUAGAUGUUUUCUUUUGUUCAAGGCAAUGGCAGCAAGAAAGCACAAAAACAUGUUGUGUCUUACAAUUAUAACACUCUGCAAACAAUGCACAUUAGGGCACAAGUACCAAAUUAUGCAAAAGUAAGAGAGCCACCUAUAAAUGACCGUUCCAGUUCAAUAGGUCACUCAGUUCUGCCCAAAUAUGGCUUAAAAGUAGCAUUGUGCGGUGCAUUUUGUUUAAUACCAUGUUUACGCACAGUAACUAGACUGUUUUCUCCAGAACGAAUCAAAAGCACUGCAUGUGGCGAUACUGGGCAUAAAAAACAGAUUUACUGAGUAAAGGGAAUGGAGGCACUUACUGUUCCUAUUGCUCUAAAAUCUAGUGUUCUAACCUAACAUUGCAAGUGGAUGAUCCACCUUUCCGGCUCAUUAUGGGUGAAAUGGGAAUUUAUUGCAUCCAAACUUGGCAAUAAUUAAACAAAAUCCACUUGUAUAACUUCACCUUUACAUGCAAUCAUAGAAGGCAAACAAGUGACUGGUUUAGACACAAGAACCAUUUAUUCCAGGCUCUGCUAUUUUUACACGUGAAAGGUGGAAGCAAGCAUUGCAUUGAUAGAAACAUGCAUAUUCUGCAUUGGAUGGGCAUUUCUUCUUGCAUCACAAUACCUGAACCUAAUUUUACGAAAAGUUGAUUCAAUUAGAACAGACCACCUAAUGAAAAGGCCAAGCACACUGGAGAACAGAACAUUGGGACCCAGUAAAUAUGUUGUGUGUAUGAAGAUGCACCAUAAGUUACACAAUACUCAUUUAUGUUAACUUUAUCUAAAAAGUAUGUGCCAUUGUUGAAUGAAAGUGUGAACACAGCACUUUAACCUGCUGUAGAAGCCUGUUUCACGAGUCAUCAUUUGCUGUGCUGAAUGCACUCAUAUCAACUUGAUCUAAAGUACCAUGCUUGAGACAGACCAUGCUUGCCUUAUGGUUAUUGUACCCCAGUUGUAAAUGACAACCAUUGCGUGCCUUUGAGGAGGCCUCUCUGUUGCCAUGUAAAGUGUGCUGGGUUAUAGCUAGCGCUGUUGUUAUACAACUGUAGUCAAGCCACACUCUUGCUCUGUAUAGAAGCGACAUUCGCUUGCAAAGUAUUUUAUUUUGAUGUAUGAACACAGUUCAGUGCAGUGAGAAGAAAAAUGAAAUGACUGUUUUGUUACAAUAUAAACACACAUGGAAGAUAGAGUUGCACAUGUACACAUCUUUUUUUUUUUUUUUUUUUUUUUGGUGCUGCACACAUUUGUUGCCAAGUACAAAACUUUGCACUGACCACAGUGAUGAUGGUCGUGGGACCAAUUGCUUGUACAUAGUAAAUGAAUAUAAUAUUUCACGCACA